GAACGCGGGGCUGUGUGGCUGGAUCAGGUACUGGCUGCGCUACGCUGUUCUCGGAUCCGACGGCCUCUCCCAUGCGCUGAGGGCGUCCGGCUGGGCCGGGCCGGCGGCCGGAGGGGAGGCUCCUCUCCAUGGUCCAGAAGACCAGCAUGUCCCGGGGCCCUUACCCACCCUCCCAAGAAAUCCCCAUGGAGGUCUUCGACCCCAGCCCACAGGGCAAAUACAGCAAGAGAAAAGGGCGGUUCAAACGGUCGGAUGGAAGCACGUCCUCAGAUACAACAUCCAACAGCUUUGUCCGCCAGGGCUCAGCAGAGUCCUAUACCAGCCGUCCAUCAGACUCUGAUGUUUCUCUGGAGGAGGACCGGGAAGCCUUAAGGAAGGAGGCAGAGCGCCAGGCGUUAGCUCAGCUUGAGAAAGCCAAGACCAAGCCAGUAGCAUUUGCUGUGCGGACAAAUGUCGGCUAUAAUCCAUCUCCAGGAGAUGAGGUGCCUGUGCAGGGAGUGGCCAUCACCUUUGAGCCCAAGGACUUCCUGCAUAUCAAGGAGAAAUACAAUAAUGACUGGUGGAUUGGGCGGCUGGUGAAGGAGGGCUGCGAGGUCGGCUUCAUCCCUAGCCCCGUCAAGCUGGAUAGCCUGCGCCUGCUGCAGGAACAGAAGCUGCGUCAGAGCCGCCUCAGCUCCAGCAAAUCAGGUGACAACUCCAGUUCCAGUCUGGGAGACGUGGUGACUGGCACACGCCGCCCCACACCCCCUGCCAGUGCCAAACAGAAGCAGAAGUCGGCAGAGCAUGUGCCCCCCUAUGACGUGGUGCCUUCUAUGAGGCCCAUCAUCCUGGUGGGACCGUCGCUUAAGGGCUACGAGGUUACAGACAUGAUGCAGAAAGCUUUAUUUGACUUCUUGAAGCAUCGGUUUGAUGGCAGGAUCUCCAUUACCCGUGUGACAGCAGACAUUUCCCUGGCUAAGCGCUCAGUCCUCAACAACCCCAGCAAGCACAUUAUCAUCGAGCGCUCCAACACGCGCUCCAGCCUGGCUGAGGUGCAGAGUGAGAUUGAGCGAAUCUUUGAGUUGGCCCGGACCCUUCAGUUGGUUGCUCUGGAUGCUGACACCAUCAACCACCCAGCCCAGCUGUCCAAGACCUCACUGGCCCCCAUCAUUGUUUACAUCAAGAUAACUUCUCCCAAGGUACUUCAGAGGCUCAUCAAGUCCCGAGGGAAGUCUCAAUCCAAACACCUCAAUGUCCAAAUAGCAGCCUCGGAGAAACUGGCACAGUGUUCCCCUGAAAUGUUCGAUAUCAUCCUGGACGAGAACCAAUUGGAGGAUGCGUGCGAGCACUUGGCUGAAUACUUGGAAGCCUAUUGGAAGGCCACACACCCGCCCAGCAGCACACCACCCAAUCCGCUGCUGAACCGUACCAUGGCCACUGCAGCCCUGGCCUCCAGCCCUGCCCCUGUCUCCAACCUCCAGGGACCCUACCUUCCUUCUGGGGACCAGUCGCUGGAACGGGCCACCGGGGAGCACGCCAGUGUGCACGAGUACCCGGGGGAGCUGGGCCAGCCCCCAGGCAUUUACCCCAGCAGCCACCCACCAGGCCGGGCAGGAACCCUGCGGGCACUGUCCCGCCAAGACACGUUUGAUGCCGAGACCCCCGGCAGCCGAAACUCUGCCUACACGGAGCUGGGAGACUCAUGUGUGGACAUGGAGACUGACCCCUCAGAGGGGCCAGGGCUUGGAGACCCUGCAGGGGGCAGCACUCCACCAGCCCGACAAGGUUCCUGGGAGGAAGAGGAAGAAGACUAUGAGGAAGAGCUGACCGACAACCGGAACCGGGGCCGGAAUAAGGCCCGCUACUGCGCUGAGGGUGGGGCUCCAGUUCUGGGGCGCAACAAAAAUGAGCUGGAGGGCUGGGGGCGAGGUGUCUACAUCCGCUGAGAGGCAGGGGCCAAUCCAUAGGAGGAAGGGCUCUGAGCCCAGGGGAGGGGAGGGACAGAGGGUCUCACCACCUGAGAUGUAUCUUGCCUCCAGGGGGCUUAUCUCCCCCCUUUCAAAUGCCUUUGCUCAAUGUUUGAGGUUUCUUUGGUGGUAUCAUCCCAGCUCCUGGGAGGCCCUUAACCCUCAGCUGUAGGUUUUUACCUACCUGCUGUGGGUGGAUGGGGGAUACCCACCUUUCUGAAAUGUCCCCUUUUCCCUAUUUUAGGGGGCUAUCCUCCCUCACCCUCCCAGAGAAAAGGUGCACUUCCUUAAUUCUUUCUACUUGGGGCUCUAAGUGAAGGUCCUAUACGGCGUGACCCUUCUUUUCCCAACCUGGAGUAUUUGGGAAGAGUUGGGUGCUUUUCCUGGAGAGGAGGCCACAGAAUCUUUGCUAUGGGAGCUCUCUCCCCUCAACCCACAUCCAAGGUCCCUCACCAUGCCCACACCCGCCCCCAAGCUUCCCAGCAGCAUAUCUGGUAGGUGAGAACUAUAGUAUGGACACCCCAUGGGGAGCUUGUCUUCAGAGGGAUUUGGGUGGAGACUGGUAGGUAUGAGAUGUAGGACCCUCUGCCCUCCAUGGCCAUGGCAAUGCCAAGGCCUAGAACCCCGAGGAGUGGGCUACCUGAGAUGCUGCUAUCCACCCCCUCUCCAUGCCUCAGCCUUCGCCUACCCCAGGAAUGAGCUUUGCCUACAACAUCCCCUGCCUGCUGCCAUCAGAAAAGGGGGGCCCAUCUGCAUCUGAGUCCCCCAUCCCCAUCUUCAUGCCACCUGAGUGUGGAGCCCAUGGAACACUCUGGUCCACCUCAUUUUAAACCAAAAAACUGCCCCUUCACCCCCACCCUGAGGCCCUAGGGGAGAAACCCUGUAGGUUGGUACCCAAGAAGGGACCGCUAGACCAGGGGUUGCCUUGGGACCCCAGAUCUCCCCUAGGGGGCUUGGCUGCUGCUGCCGCUGCUCUGUAUCUGCCUCUCGUGAUUCUGUUCUUCACCCACAUGGACUGUCCUUAGGAGAGGCCUUGAUACCCCCUCUCCCCUGGGGUAUCCCUCUUCCUCUACAUCCCUAUAGCCCAGCAGCCCUGCCCCCUCCCCAGCGUCCCAGCUGGGCCAGAGAGAGCCGAUUGUGCCAACGAGGACUGGGCCCCCUGGCUGCCCACCUCAGGGAUGGGCACCUCAUGCCUAUCUCGCCACCUCCUGUGCCAAUGUUGUUCCGCCCCCCACCUGGGGGUGGGGUGCAGCUUCCACUUCCUGAUUAGAAGAUGCCACUGCCUAACCUCUCCCCCUUCCUGUCUAAUGUCCUGUGCCCCCUCAUCUGUCUGUCUAUUUGUCUGUACUCUCCUAGGAGAAGUAUUUUGCCAUAUAUAAACUGCUGUCCUGUCCUUUGUGGCCGCCUCCCAAGCCUGCUUCUUUGUUCCCAACACACAGUUGUUAGCCUAGGCAUGUGGGAGCUGCCAACAUGCAGGGGGGACCCAAGGUUUGGAUGCAGGAAUAAGCUGUACCCUGAGUGGACUCAAGAGAAGAGACAGUUCUUUGAUUUGUGGUCCUCUGGUGCCUUAUGUAAAGCUGGGAGCUACUUGCCCAGUCUCAGCUCACCAUUAGGCCCUGAGCCCUAUGCUUUACCUAUCUCCCUACAUGUAGCUGUGGAAAUGGGAGCCUGGAAUUUCACUCAGUGCGUGGGAUCCAGAACCACCGUGCAAUGUCUGAAAGGCACAUGCUUGUUUUUC